GACACUAUUCACCUCCCCCCCCCCCCACACACACACGCUCGCAACCCACCACCACACAGCACGCGCCAGCCAUGUCUGCAGAGAGCAUUGAGGAGCAACUCUUGCUCAGCAUUCGCCGAGAAGAGCAACGGCGUGCGGAGGUCGAGGCCGACGUGGCAGACCUGACAGAGAUAUGCGGGGACAUGGAGAAAGAGCUGGAACUGCUGGAGGCGCAGCACUCGCAGCUGCUAGCUGCCGCUGGUCGCUUGCAGACAUACGAGCAGCAACACCACACCCAACUCUCCAUGCUCCAAGCUCACCACGGCAGGUGUGUGUGUAUGUUGUGUACUAUGUGUGUGGGUGGGCUGGGUGUGUAUUGGGCCUUGACUACAUCCCCAGCAACAAAUAUAGAGCACAUUCAAGCCAUCCUUGCAUUCCCUGUACUCGAGCUCCCCUUUGUCGUGUCUGCUGUGAACAGCCUGUGUCAACAGAAGCAAGAGCUUCAAGCUCAGGUAUUGAGGCAGCGUGGGGACAUUGUGACGACGCUGAAAGGGUUCAUCGAGUCGUUGGGAGGCGUUGAUGCCACUGUGAAGGAAAACACAAAAGGCGCGGACGAGCCUGUUCCCAAGGACUCGAUUCCGGGCCUCUUUGGCUCCCUUUCCGCCUUGCUGCGAGCUCCAACACCGUCUCAGCCGUUCUCCGUCGCCUCGUUUGGCCAUCACAACGACAUGGGUGCCGAUUUCUCGUUUGCCUUUGACGACACGCCGAGCCAGCCCGCCUUACAACAGCACCAACAGCACCACCAGCAGCAGCAACAGCAGCAAGGCGACCACCGCCAGGGGCAGGGACAUGGGACCCUGUUUAUGUCAAGCAGCAGCAGUGACGGCACUGGGGGCGGGGAGUUUGAUCCGUUUGCUGCGUCGUCUGAGUUUGGCGAUGCGAGCGAUGGGGCAGACGACGCACCGCUCUUCUAG